UCACAAAGAAAUUCAGUAAGGGUUACCUCGUCUCAAUGUUCUGUCUUACUUGUAGCAUAAAAAGUCUCAAAUAGAAUCAUGAAGUGGAUUAUCUUGUUGGCAAUAUUUGUUAUUGUGGAAUAUGAAGAAAUUAAAGGUUAUCCUCAAUAUGACAACACAGAAAAGAAUUUACGUACAAUAGCUGAGGUACCUAUCAUGAAAGUAUCCGAAAACUCCUAUUGGAUGUUUUUACCGAGAUUCCAAAUAUUGCCAUAUUUAAAUCAAGCGUACCAUAAUGUUUUUACUUACAUCUCAAAAAAAUUGGAACUUUUGGAAGCGAACUACAGAGAACUUGCAGAACGUUUAAAAAAAUAUAUCGAAGGUUCAAAACCAGAUGAAAAGGACAAAAAGGAUCCUUCUUUACCAGAAAAUAUCGUUUCAAAUAAUGAGACACAGGUAGAUGUAAUUAUAACAACCCUUACAUCGAACAAAUCAAUAGACAUCCCUGCGACGGAUAUAUCAAUGAACACUCAAAAGCCUACUCCAGCUAAAAAUGACAAUAUUCAGAAGUCUGAUGAUAAAAAAGAUCCAUUACAUAUAUCUGAAACCGUAUCAAACAACGAAAAUGUAACUCCACAAGAAAAUGUAACUCCAACAAUCUUGGAACCGGUUGAAUUCCUAACUACACAAAAACCUGAGCUAAUUAAAAAUGACGAAGAAGAAAAACCUAUUAAACAAGAUGAUAAAAAAACUACGCUGGUGCCAACAGAACAUAAUAAAGAUGAAAAUAAUAAAGAUGAAAAUAAUAAAAAAGAAACCACGAUUGUACCACCAAUUACUGACAAUGAGGAAAUAGUGUCCAUUAAGCCAACAGAUCAAGUUGAGAUAUCGACCACAAAAACCGAUCAAACCGAAAAACUUACAUCGGACGAAAAUGAGAAAUCAUUAAAAAGUUAGAAACACCGUAAGGAAAAUCCGAUUUACAAUCGCAAAUAGAUCUACUAAAUUAAGGAGACAAAUUAAAAUAAUAAUAACAAUAAGUUAAGAA